UUAGCUUGGUAUAUUUAGCUGAUUGUAUUAUCGGAUCAGAUUGAACCUGUAGUCCAACGUUAUAGAGUUAAGUACAUAUAGUUUACGCUGUUUUCAGGCAAACAACAGUUGCAGCGUAGUUAGCUAACUGGUGAAGCUAACACCAGUAGCAGCUCUGUUUUUCUAGCACAUCCUGGGUUUUCUGAAAGGAGCCAACACAGACGAAUUUCGAAAUGUCUUCCGACGAAGACAGGGCCAAGGAAAUUUUGAAGGGCUUCAAACUAAACUGGAUGAAUCUCAGAGAUGCAGAAACAGGCAAAGUGCUGUGGCAGGGGACUGAAGACCUCUCUGUACCAGGAGUGGAACAUGAAGCUCGUGUCCCAAAGAAGAUCCUGAAGUGUAAAGCAGUGUCCAGAGAACUGAACUUUUCCUCCUCUGAGAAAUUGGAGAAGUUCAGGCUGGAGCAGAAAGUCUUCUUCAAAGGGCAGUGUCUAGAAGAAUGGUUCUUUGAGUUUGGCUUUGUUAUCCCCAACUCCACCAACACAUGGCAGUCUCUGAUAGAAGCAGCUCCAGAGUCCCAGAUGAUGCCGGCCAAUGUUUUAACUGGUAAUGUGAUCAUCGAGACUAAGUUCUAUGAUGACGACCUCCAUGUCAGCACCUCCAGGGUACGACUUUUCUACGUCUGACCACUGACCCACCUACCUUCCAAAAUGCUGACGUCCUGCCAAGGUCUAUACAUUUCCGAGGUUACCCAACAUUUGCACCAGUAAACCGAUCCUUGCUGAAUUUGGAUCAGCACAUUUGGGUGAAACCCAGCUGUGGUCCCACGGUCAGUGCAGUGAGCUUUGUGUUAUUUUCAUGUUUUGCGUUUACCUGAAAACUUCUUAGACCUUGGGCGGAGAGGGAAGAGGAGGAGAGAAGACUCAGUUGUUCCCCUUGCUCCAAAAUUAUCUCUCUCUUCACCCCCUCCUCCUCAGACUGUUCCACUGUAAAUACAUCACCACUGAUUUCAAAUCAGCAGGGAAGCUACUCUGAAAUGACACAGUUGUGUGUGUGUUUGUGUUUUUUUUUUUCUAUUCUACCCUUCCUCUCCAAGGUUGCAUUUACUCAGGAACAGAACAUUAGACUUGUAACCUUCUGUGAUCUGAUCUUAUUUCUGUCUGAACAUGGAAAUACUGCUCGCCAUUGUGUCAUCCAUUUAAACAGGAGCUGCAUACUCGAGGGACGAUGAAGCUCAGUGUCUCACCUGAGCCCAACAAGUCUUCAUCAUAGAACCCCAGACAUAAUUUCCUCUAGCUGUGUCCCAGUCCAGAGGCUUCCUCCUGUGACCCUUUCAUUUCCUGACAGAGAAUAUAAUCAUGGGUAAAAAUAAGGCUUUUCCGUCUUAAAAGCCCAGUGGAAUGUGAUUUCAUUUGUUAACAUUUACAUGAGAAAAAAAGAGAUAUUGCGGUCAGUUUAUCAACUUGUCAAGUCAGAAAAUGAUUCUGUUACCAGAGCAACGGAAAUUAUGUGGAUGUAUUUGGCCAUAAUUGCUUUGUCAGCCAUCACCUCAACUUGAUAAGAACUGUUUGAAUGCACUGUUAAGGGCGGUCUCUGUGAGGCCAAGUACCGAAACUGCGAAUGUAGCUUUAUUCUGAAGGGCACAAAUUUAAGGCAGCCUCUGAAGUCGGACACAGCUUCUACAACUAAACCUGUUCUUUGUUCUGUACACACCAAACAGUGCAGAACAGUGGUUUUCAGUGUAGAGUAAUGGAGGCCCAAGCACCUGUUCUUAUUCCUGUCCAGCACAAGGAGCCACUGGCUUAACUGGACUGCUUCUAGUCUGUACUGUACCAUGGUUUGAACUGAGAACCUGCACAUUGUCACAAUGACACAAAGUAUUCAUCAACACAAGGGGUUUCUCUGAGAACAUCUAUGUGCUGGUUGUUUUACUUUCUUGCUUCCUUAAAUUGUUUAACUUUCCACUAAAAUCAUCAUCAGGUGUUGACAGAGUCGUAAUGAGUCGCAUCCUUUGUUCUCAGUAGUUCACCUGUUUUAUAGUUUAAUCUGAGCUUGACCCUGAGGUUAACAGCUGCUUAUGGUGUUUAACACAGCUCUGCUCCGUACAUCAUGGUAAGGUUUGAACUUCGAGGUUCCUGUCCACUUCACUGCAUUCAUGUCAUUGUUUGUUUUUACUUUAGCUGCUAACUAAGAUUUGUAAAAUAGAUUUGUUUUAAUAUGACAGGGGUAGUGAAUUAAAGUCAUCCAAUGUUGUAAUAACGUGUGUGGUCUUUAUUGCAUUUCUUUCAAAUAAGGUAACAUGCUCCUCAUUUGAAAGCAUGUGUUGCCGCCUUCUUAACACUUAAAAUUGUAAUAUAAUAUAAUAUAAUAUUUAAUUAGUGAAGCAGCUAGUAUGUCUAUGACACUGGUUAAGUGAAAUUUCCACCUUCAGGAACUGAAAUGCAGUUGCAGUGUGUGUAAACAUGAAUUAUCUUUAGGUUCAGCUGAAUUUUGAAGGCUUAUCUGUACAGAUGAUGACUGACAUCUGUUGACAUGUAUCAGGGUAACAUUGUUAAUCACCUUUUUUGUCAUGCCUUUGACAACAGCUCAAGUCUGCAUCCCAUAGUCACUCUGCUCCAGCUUUCCCAUAUAUGUUUAACCAUUUUCUUUAUAAGAUAGCAUUAUUUUUCUAUCCAUUAUGAGCAGCCUUUACUUUUUAAUCCAUGAUGAUGGGAAUGGUGAUGGGAAUAUUGAGCAUAUUCAGCAUAUACAGAACAUAACAGCAUAUACAGUAUGUGACUGCUGUAGUUAGUUUCUUUUACACAUUAAGAUUUGAACUAAGAAAACAGAAACGGCCACAGUGAUGUAAAUAUUUCUACUCAACAUUGUAAUAAAUUUUAAUUAGUUUCAGCUCAGCUAGCCCCUAACACCUACACAUGUUAAUGUAUCAGUAAUGAUAUGAUGCAAUGAUGAAUAAAGAUUGAUGCAAAGUAUAAUUUUCCAAAUUAACAUAAAUAUAGAAAUGAUAUGUUUUUUCUUAUCUCAUUAAUUUAUACCA